AUGUUUCUCAAAACAUCAUCCUCAGUUUUCAGUUCCUUAAAAUCUAUUUUACCUAAUUCUUCAAAACAAAAAAAAUCCGCCUCAUCAAAACAAAAUUCCGCCCCAUCAGAACAAAAAUCCGCCCCAUCAGAACAAAAUUCCAUCUCAUCAGAACAAGGAACUAACCUAUCAGAACAAGAAAUUAACCUAGCUGAACAAAAAUCCGCCUCAUCAGAACAAAAAUCCACCUCAUCAGAACAAAAAUCCACCGCACCGGAACAAAAAUCCACCGCAUCCGAACAAAAAACUACCUCCUUUUUUGCUUCAAAAACUUUCUCCAAAAUCAGGUCAUACAAAAGAUUUUCUACAUCAAAACAGAAAUCCACAUCGGAUCAAAUCACCUUAGCCUCUUCUGCUUCCAAAACUUUUUUAAAAUUCAAGUUGCGCAAAAAGCAAAAGAACUCCACAUCGGAUCAAAACACUUCCACCUCUUCUGCUUCCAAAAAUUUUUUCAAAUUCAAGUUACGUAAAAGGUUUAUUAUAUCUAAAAAGCAAAAAUCCACAUCAGAGCAACUCACAUCAGAGAAAUCAGAGCAACCCACUUCAGAGGAAUCAGAGCAACUCACAUCAGAGCAAUCAGAACAAUCAGAGCAAAUCAUCGCUUCCUCUUCUUCCAAAAAUUUCUCUAUUACCAAAUUUAUUCCUGUAAAUAGCGACUUUAUCCAAGGACUUACCGGUCCUCAGGGUAAGUUCAAAGUACCCGGAAUCAGACAACAGAUUGAAAAGUUUAUUCAUGAUAAUGCUAGAUCCACAAUGCGACAAAAAGAUUUUAGAAACGAUUAUUUUUUUUCACCCGAUACGUCUGCAAACCUACUUGAAGUAGUCAAAUCUUUAAUGGACGCGAUCCGAUAUCUUGUAGAAUCUUUACCCACUAUUAAAACAAUCUUAAUACCCAAUAUUCAUGACCUAUCUCGAAUUCCUGCUUAUAAAACAAGUGAUGCAAAGGAAAAGAUGAGAAUUUCUAAAAUGAUUGAAUCACAUAAUAAAUUUUUACUUGAGCACCUAGUAAAAUUUAGUAGAGAAACUGGUGUGAGAAUCAUUUAUUUAAAAAUUGAUAAAUUUUUUAACCAAUUACAAACUGAAGAGGGCAUGGCCUGUUACGGAAUUAAAAAUGGAGUGGAUGCAGCUAAUGAUUUUUAUAGCAAUUCCAAUUCAAAUACAAAUAACGAAAUUAAUGAUGAAAUUAAUGUCGAUGAAAUUAAUAAUGAUGAAAAAGACUUGUUCAUGUUUUGGGACGCGUAUCACGUGAGCACGUUAGUUCACGAAGCUUUAGCAAACAUUUCCUUUGAAAUUUUAGAAAAUUUAGGGUCUUCCCUUUCUAAACGUAAAAGAGAUAGCUUUGCUACAAAAACAUUGGGUGUAAUUUUGGGUGAUUAUACACAAUAA